UGAUAUUCAGUGAUACGGUUACACACCACAUCUCCUCAAAAACAAAACCUUUUUUAUUUUCAAAACAUUACCCUUUUCAGUUCGCAACUCUCUCUCCCACUCUGCGCUCGCUAUGGACCGAACCAACACCUCCUGCGCAGAGCAGGAUCCGACUCAGACGCACCCGACCCGCCACCACCUGGAGCUCCCAUCCGGGUUGACUCCCGACGAGUUCGCCGACCUCAUACCCUCUAUCAUGGAGCACCACACCUACUCCAUGACAGCGCGCCAAUGCUCCUCCCUCCUCGCCCAACGAAUCCACGCGCCGCCGCAAACUGUCUGGUCCGUCGUCCGCUGCUUCGACAACCCCCAGGCCUACAAGCACUUCAUCAAGAGCUGCCAUGUCAAGGAGGAUUUCCAGCUCGUCGUAGGCUCCACUCGCGACGUUAACGUCAUCUCCGGGUUACCGGCAGCCACCAGCACCGAGCGCCUCGACCUCCUUGACGACGAACGGCACGUCAUCGGUUUCACCAUCGUUGGCGGCGAGCACCGCCUCAGGAACUACCACUCCGUGACCUCCGUGCACGGCUUCGAGCGCGAUGGCAAGAUCUGGACCGUUGUUCUGGAAUCUUACGUGGUGGAUGUGCCCGAGGGGAACACCGAGGAGGACACGCGUCUCUUUGCUGACACCGUUGUGAAGCUCAACCUGCAGAAGCUCGCGUCUGUCACCGAAGGGAUGAGCGGUGACGGUGAGAGUGACGGUAACCGGAAUGGUAAGUCAUAGCUUGAGCCACCCAAACCCGAAGAAAAAUGGUUUAAAAUUUAAAAAAAAAAAAAAAAUAUAUAUAUAUAUAUAUAUAUAUAUAUAUAUAUAUAUAUAUAUAUAUAUAUAUUUCCUCGGGAACCUUUUUAUUAUCUUUUUUGGCGAACCUAUUAUCUUCAUUUCUAUUUUUCACUGUUGAAAUUACGGGCAUAGCCUUUGUUCCUUUGGGAGUGGAACUAGUUUAACGUGUGAAAUAAAGUAGUGAUGCCUUAAUUUGUAAUGCUAUCUUGGAUGUUAAUUUCGCUCCAAUAUCUACGGUUUGAGUUUGAUUUCA